AUGGCAAAACUUCUCAUCAUGUCAAGUAAAAAUGAACUAGCUGAAGAAAUAUCAAAUAAAGUAAUCGGUGAGUAUUCAAAGCUGAAAUCUGUUUGCAAACCAGCAACUAGACCUACUGGUAUCAAAGAGUGGACGAUAUUGGCAGGUGUUGUAGUCAUCAACAGAAGUGGUGGUGCAAAUAACGUAGAAGUGCUUUCAGUAGCUACUGGUGUGAAGGCAUUGCCAGAUUCUGAACUGCAAAGAAGUGGAGGGAAGCUGCUGCAUGAUUGCCAUGCAGAAAUUUUGGCACUUAGAGGUGCCAAUACAGUAUUAUUGAAACAUAUCAAAGACUAUGAUCCGGCAAAUGGAAGCGACUUCAUUGAAAGCAAUAACGAAAUACCUAUUAGAUUCAAUUUAAAAGACGAUUGGGAAUUGGCAUUGUAUAUUUCGAGAUUACCGUGUGGAGAUGCUAGCAUGGAUUUCUUGAACGAUAGUUGCAAAAAUAAUGAAGAUUUCAUCAAAAUAGAAGAUAAUGAUGCAUUUCAAUAUGUUGAUCCCAAAGUGAAAACAAUACUGAGAGGACGUUUGAAUUUUCAUAAGAAAAGUGUUGUUAGAACUAAACCAGGAAGAUAUGACUCAAAUAUCACCCUAUCUAAAUCUUGCUCUGAUAAAUUAUCGAUGAAACAGAUAUCGUCGAUACUUAAUUCAUUAAACUACGAGCUGUUCGAACAACCUGUAUAUUUGAAGUAUAUUGUGAUUCCUGAUAUAGAAGAUAAAACGAAACAUAUUCUGGAGAGGUCCUUUCAUAAUCGCCUACCUUGUGACGGCCAUAAAGUUGAAUUCUUGAACUGUCACACACCAUUUUAUGAUGAUAGAACGGAUGAGAAUGAUAUACCUAGUUCAAUGUGCAGUAUCAAGCUUUUCGUGAAUGACUCUAGUACUGAAGAAGCGAUUUUUAAUGGAAUGAAGAAUGGCUUUUAUACUAAGUCGUCCAAACCGUUGAGAAAACACUGCCAAUCCCAGGUGAGCCGGUUUGCACAGUGGGAACUAUUUAGGCAAAUACGACCAAAACAUAAGAGCAUGAGCUAUUUGCAUUUUAAGUCUCAACAAAAAGAGAGAAACCGAUUGAUCACCACAGCAAAGAACGCCUUAUCUCCCGAUGGAUGGAUAUCCACCAGAAUUGAUGAUGUGAGCUAA